UCAACAAAUCCAAGUGAAAAAGAAAAUGAAGAGUCUAAGCUCAAAACUUCUGUAUGUCAUGCUUCUCAUCCUUGUGGCUACCCAGUGGCCUGGCUCUGAAGCUCAGAGCUGCCGUCCUAGUGGCCAAAUCAGGGGCAAGAAGCCUCCUCCAGGGCAAUGCAACACGGGGAACGACUCGGAUUGCUGCAAGGAAGGGAAAAUGUACCCAGUCUACAAGUGCUCGCCAACAGUCUCGGGCAACACCAAGGCCACUCUAACCAUCAACAGCUUUGAGAAGCGCAAGGACGGGGGAGGCCCGUCAGAAUGCGAUAACCAGUACCACUCUGAUGACGUUCCGAUUGUGGCUCUGUCAACGGGGUGGUUCAACCACAGAAGCAGGUGCCAUCGUAACAUUACCAUAAAUGGGAAUGGGAGGAGCGUGAUGGCUAUGGUGGUGGAUGAAUGUGAUUCCACCAUGGGAUGUGAUGAUGACCACGACUAUCAGCCUCCAUGUGCUAACAAUAUCGUCGAUGCAUCUCGCGCUGUGUGGGUUGAAAAGGCAAUGCCCUUUGCAUGCCACUGUCUGACGAUAUGAGAAUGACCUCUUUUUGGACUUUAAGUCCUUUAAUGUGAAGACUGUUGUCUUGUAUUGUAUUGAUUUGAUUGCCUUAACGGAAAUUUGCAGCUUCACUAAGCACAUCAUUGGUGGAUCUCUCACGUUUGUCGUACGCUUUUGGAUUUUAAUUUGUUGCUUUCUCUGUCAUGUUGCAAUGAACUUGGGAGGAUCUUGUGGC